AUUAGAUUUUGUGUUGUUCUAUAACCCAUUUCAUUUUCCAGUUAGGGCAGUUACCAUUUCACGAAAACCCUCUUCGCUGCCUCCUUCUAUGAUUCUCUCUCUAACCUUAACCCUUUCUUCUUCAAAUCUCUUCAUCUUCAAGUUUUUUUCAGAAAAAACAGCUCUUUUAAUGGCGAUGAUGGACCCCGAUGGCGGUGAUGUAGUUCAUGCAUCAAGGCCUCAAAAAAAUUGAAAUCAAUUCCUUGGUCCCAAACCUUGAUCGUUAUAUCCUGGAUUAUCCUGGAGAUCAUUACCUUGAUCGUGAUCAAUUUGUUGAUGAGGAGGAGGAGUCUGAUACCCCUGGAUAUCUCGAAGGCCCUCCCAGGAGGGUGGCUACUCUUGCUAAUUUGAAUUUCUAUAAGCCUCUUGCCGAAAAGGCGCUAACCUACUACAAUUCUAAAGAGUGCACAAAUUUGUUGCUGAAGGAGGUACUUGUUGCAGAUAGGCAGCACCAACCUGAAACAGUGGUGUGGAUGAAUUUCAUCGCUCGUUCUGAAGAUGAUUCCAAGCUGUUUUAUUUCUUUGCUAAUCUUCAAGAUGGUCCGUAUCCUAAUUAUCAUGAUGUCAAGGAGAUGUGCUUCGAGGAAGAUUUUAAGGAGCCUCAACCUAGUGACUUUCAAGUCAAAGAGUUAUGUUCGUUGGAAACACAUGAUUCCGAUUAUUCGCAGAGUAUUGCUAGCAGAGCUUGGGGUUACAAGGUUGUUUAUCCGCAAGGUGCCAGUCACACCUUUGGUAAGAGCUGCAGUCCUUCCAUCUAUCACUUGGCCAAGGCCUCAAGAAAAAUUGAAAUCAAUUCCUUGAUGGGUAUUAAGCGAGGAUUUGAUGGGUGGUGGAGCGGGUAAAAUGAGUAUUAGACGGGGAUGGAUACCUAGAUGGGUGGCGGGGCGGGGAUGGUAUUAGGUACAAACCCAUCGGGGCGGGGACGGGGAAAAAAAUUAUACCCGCCGCGGGGAUGGGGAUGGGGAUGGGGAUUGAUUUUCCAGAUGAGGAUGGGGAUGGUAAAGCCAAUACUCCCCCCCCCGCCCCGUUUGCAUCCCUAUCCAUGUUUGUUUCUACUUCACAUUCCAUUGACGACACAACAGUGAGUGAAGAACCCCAUCUCUUUUGAGCUCCCAUUUCUAGUGACUAUAAGUGCAGCUUCGCCAUUUCCAGUGACUAUAGCCAUCAAUGGUAAGUUUUCGAAUUUUGUAAAAUUAAAUUGAUGGGUUUCGAAUUUUCAUCUCCAAUUUAUUAUUCAUUCUAAGCAGUGAGUGAAGAAGCCCAUCUCUUUUGAGCUCCCAUUCUAGUGACUAUAAUCGCAGCUCCGUCAUUUUCAGUGACUAUAGCCAUCAAUGGUAAGUUUUCAAAUUUUGUAAAAUUAAAUUGAUGGGUUUCGAAUUUUCAUCUCCAAUUAUGCAUUCUAAAUUUUGUUCUUGAUUUGAUCUAUGCUAGGCUAGUCAGUGUGAUUCCUUUACAAUAAAAUGGUGGUUUGGUGGGGUGUUUAAAAAGACAAGGUUUGAAUUAGAGUAUGUGGGUGGUAUGUGUAAAUCCAUGAGCAUAGAACCUGACAAGUUAUCUUGGUUUGAACUUAAGGGAAUAGUUGAGGAAGAUAUUGGUUUCAAGUCUCCAUUUAGCUUAUACUACUUAGAUCCUAAGGCAAUGACUUUUGAGGAAGGGUUGAAGAAACUAAUCAAUGAUGUUUCUGUAAGUGAAAUGGGUAAUGUUGGUACUGACUUUAGGGCUGUAGAUGUAUAUGUUGUUGAUGUUAAAGAUGAUGACAAAUUGUCUGUGAAAAUGAAAAAAGAAUUUAGUAAUGUAGGUAAAGCAUAUGGCUUUGUAGGUGAAAGGAAGAAAUUAACACCUAGGAAAGCACAUAAAGAUACAUGUGAGGCAAGUUGCUUUCUUCAUAUCCCAACCCACCUAAUAUUUCAGAUAUUUGUAAUGAAUCUGAAAAUCAAAGUUGCUUUCUUCAUAUCCCAAACAGCCCCAUAAACUCACAACAUGAAAAGAAUUAUAAGCUAAUCCCCAUCGAACAAGGUUUAUCUGAAGAUGAGCUAGAUUUUACUUGUGAUUGGUAUGAGACUUGGCCUGGUAAAAUUGCAUCUGGUGAGAUAAAUGAGGGUUAUGAAGAAGCUUUUGAAGAUGAAGAUGAUAGCACAGAUCUAGACUAUAUCAUAUCAGAUGAGGAUGAAACUGAAGGAGAUGGGUCAAUUGAGCUUGUUUUGAGUGAGGACUUGUCAGUGGAGGAGGAUGAAGGUGUUGUUCAAUCAAAUUUGAAGAUUGGUGAGUGCUCUUUCAAUGAUAUUGUGUCUUAAUAUGAAAAUAGUGAUGAUGAAAUUGUCACACCUACUAUAGUAAAUGAUAAAACAGAUUUUAGGAGGUUUAAAUGGUGUGUUGGAAUUGUUUUUGGUAAUUCUCUUGAAUUUAGACAAGCUGUUACUAGAUAUGCUAUUGCUCAAGGGAGAAAUGUUAAAAUUUGUGUAAGUGACAAAAAAAGAUUGCAAAGAAUUGGAGUAAGAUGUGUUGAAGGGUGUCCAUUUAGGAUUUUUGCUAGUUGGGAUAGGAAGACGGCUUCAUGUGUUGUGAAAACAGUGGAUGGUCAACAUACUUGUCAAAGGAAUAUGGAUUCAAAUAGGCAAUUCAAGGCUUCUUGGUGUGCGGAAGAGUUACUUGAUCUGUUCAAAAGUAGACCACACAUAGCGUCAUCUGAAAUUAUAGACAUUGUGAGGAAGAAUUACAGGAUAAUUAUUACUAGGGUUUUGCAUAUAAGAUUAAAUAUGCUACUUACAGAAAGUUACAUGGUUCAAUGAAGCAACACUAUUCCAAGCUAAUGAGUUACAUGGAAGCAUUGAAAUAAAGUAGCCCAAAAAAGCCAUUUUACAAUUGUCACUGAUGGGAAUAUUGAUAGGUCGUUUAUGUACUACCAAACAAUUCCUAAUAUGCAACUAGUAUAGCAGCAGUUAGGGUCGAAUCCACAGGGAACAAUGUAGUAAGUGAUUAUUUUCCGGCUACCAAUUGAUCCUAGGUAACACACAAAUUUGGAGGAUAUAUGUCUAAACUAACUAAACAACUAGAGCGCAAACAAUUAAAUUAGAAAAGUAAAUCGAUGAUACUAAAACAUCCAGGGAUAAACUUCCCCACUAGCAUGAUAUGAUGGCAAUGAGAUCCUACUACCCUUACAACAAUCAUAACCAAGUUCAAUAGGACGAAUACACCAUUAAGAAUACUAAUAACUCCUUUCGAAGACUAUUAGCUUCACUACCAUACUAUCAAACCUAUUUUCAUGGAAUCAAGUAUAGUAAUGACAUUGAGCACAAUAUUCUAUAAGAUCCAACAAUCAAAUCUAUCUAUUUUCAUGAAGAUUAUCAAGCCCUUGAUCUAAAAGGCCAUUCAUUCAACUCUAACUUUCGUUAACGAUGAAUAAAUUGUUAACUACAAUUUCCAAAGUUUCUAUUGAAAAACGUAAGUUAACUAGCAUAAGAGAUCAAGCAUGAACAAGGAUUGUGCAUAACAAAAAGGGAUUGGAACUCAAUAAUUCAUCAUCAAAAUCAUGGCUAGGGUUCCAUCUAACCUUAGAUUAAGAAACUACUCAUACAUAUUAAAUGCAACAAAACAAGAAUUCAUUAAAGGAAACAUGAUUAAAAAUAAUAACAAGAAAAGGGAUAAAGAAAUAGUACUUGAAUUCGAAUACCAAAUGAUGAACGAAAGUAAAUGAAGUUACAAAGUUUCUUUCCCAAAGUGAAGAAUUAAAAGUAUCUAAAAAAAACAUAGAAAAUGUUAACUCCCCUUGUUUGGUUACAUUCCCCAUCAUUUAAUAAAAAACCGUGCGGAAAAACGGUUAUUAAAGUAGGACCGGACCGGGUUUCAGCAAGACCAGACCGGGUUUCUGGAAGACCGGACCUGGUUUCUGAAGACCCGACCGGUUUUCCGGAAGACCGGACCGGGUCUGUGUGUUAAGAGUUUUCCAGAGAGUAGAAGUUGCAGGACCCGAACGGCUUUAAGCAAGACCCGAUCGGGUCCUUGGGUUAAACAUAUUAGCAAGUGAUUUUAGACAACCCGGCCGGGUUUGAGCUGGACCCGACCGGGGCUUGUAAUCUUGUGCGAGACAUAUAUAUGCUAAUUGGAACAAAAGCUUCAAGGGUGAAGAGAUGAAGCUUUUAUUUUGGAGGUGUGCAAAAGCUUAUAAUGAAGCUGAUUUUAAUGACGGAAUCACAGAAAUGAAGAAAGUAAACCAUGUAAUUGCUGAAGCAUUUAACUUGGCUAAUCCUCGUUUACUUUGUCGAGCUUUUGUGAAGGUUGAUACAAAGUGCGAUGUGAUAUUGAGUAACAUGGCCGAAACUUUUAACUAUUACAUCAUGCAUGCUAGAUCAAAACACUUGAUUGAUAUGCUUGAUGAUAUUUGAACAAUGAUAAUGAACAGGCUAACAACAAAGAGGGAGGAGUGUGCAAGCAAGUGGAGUGGAUUAUUAUGUCCAAAAGUACAAGUUAUAUUGGAUAAAGAGAAAGAAGAGGCAUCUACCGUCUACUGCUACAGUAUUCCAAGUUGCUCAUCACAUUGACGUAUUAGAGGUGGACAUAGAAAGAAGAACAUGUACGUACAAGAAAUGAGAUCUUAAAGGGAUUCCUUGUUGUCAUGCUGUUGCCUCAAUUAGUUACCUACAUAAAGACGUCGAGUCAUUUGUGGAAGAAUGUUACACCAAAGCUGCAUACACAAGACUUAUACAGGUUGCAUAGCUCCUUGCAUUGGAGAACAUCAAUGGCCUAAAAUUGAUAUGUCCAUCGAUCCACCCCCAAUCAAAAUUGGUCCAGGAAGACCAAGAAAGUCACGAAUCAAAAGUGCUCAUGAGGACCCAAAAAAACCAGGGAAACUCACAAGACAUGGCAUGCAGAUGAGUUGUACCAUUUGUAAAUUCACUGCACAUAAUAAACGAAAUUGUCCGGAAGAAUGAGAUGUGGUAAUGCUCUUCAUAGCAUGAGACAGAUGAAAAAAAGAAAAGAAAAACAGAGAUUCUUGAUGAAUUUUUCGGUUUUAAUGGAGGAUUUGGGGUAUGGGUUUUAAGGGAGGAAGGAAUUCAUGGUAAAAUGAUGAAGAAGCUGGGUUAAACAUAAGCUACAGCAACUUAACCGGAACAAUUGGUAAAAAUGGAUUCAACAGCACUCCGGGUAAAUUGAUACAAUACAUGAGAUUAUUCAUGGCUAAUCGAUUGUUGAGAUUAUUGUAGGAAAAUCGUGAAUAGGUUGGAUUAUUCUGGGUAGAUUUUUCUAAUAUUAAUAGAUGAAAUUCUUGUAUUCUAAUGUGUUAUGUUUUGCGCAUUGUAUAAGUAAUAGAUAGAAAUAAAAAAUAGGAAAAAUGGCGAGACGAGGACAAAUUACAAGAAAUUAGAAGAAUUAUAAACCCAUAUCAAAAUCAAAUCAAAUAAUAAAACAAACAACCAACCACAAUUACUGAAUUUGUUGGAUUAAAUGGCAGAACUUGAGAUGUAAAGGAAGAAACUGAAAGAGAAAAUGAAGAAAUGGGAAAAAUGAGAAAGAAAAUGAGAAAGGAAGAAACUAAGAGAGAACGUGAAGAAAUGGGAAAAUAAUAAAGAAAAUCAAAGUAGUUGAUGAAGUGGCAUACGACGUGGUAGUUCAGUAGCAAAAGAACUAUCCAUCAACUAAGGAUGAAUAGUGUUCAUCUUGUAAUAAUUCGCAUUUCAUUUUGCAUGACUCGGCCCGACCCGACCCGUUUCAUUUAAGUCCGACCCAACUUUUGCCAUGUUUUAUUGUCUACUAGGUUAUCAUAAUUAUAUUGAGACCAAUUGUUGAAAGAUGCAAAUAAAUAUAUUUAAUUUUUUUGUCUUACUUUAUAAAAUUAAUUUGAUUUGAGGGCAAAAUUUCAUACCAAUUUCACGCGAUUAGAGUUAGAGUUCAUGAUAAAAUGUUGCAUUUUGUGAGUUUUGUUUCACCUCUAUGUUUGUUUGGGGUUGAUUUUCAAUUUGUUUGUGAGUUUUGCUACAUUAAUACAAUGUCAUUUUAGGGAUUUAGGGUUUUAGCUAAUAAAGCUUAAGUCUAAUAAUUAAAUAAUUUAUUUUUUUUCUUUCUUUAAAUUUCUUCUCUUUAAUGUAAUAUUUAAUUACUUAAAUCAACAGAUGUUAGGACCUUGGACAAACUGAUGUUUACAUAAUUACAUGAUGACUACAUGUGUCUUGUAAUGGAAAGUUUGUGUUGAAAGAUUACAAAUAUCUUAGAUUGACCAGCAACGCAAAAUAACACAAUUCUGCAAUAUAGAUCUAAAGCAAACGAUAAUCAUCCAUAACAAGACAAGUGUCUCAUAAAUAUAAUGACUUUAAUAUUUUUCCAUGUCUCAAUUUAAUUAUGCUACCUAUUAUUAACUAUACACCUCCGGCCCUUGCAUCAUUUACCCUUUACACGCUUUUACAUUUUAAUAUUUUCAUUGCAUUAUUUUUAAUAAAAAUGUAUAAAACUACAUUAUUGCAUUUAAUAGUGUAACUUGGGGGACCGCGUGCCACUUUUCUUCUAUCUAAACAUAAUGUUAGUGUUUUAUCCAUGUAUAACCUUAAAAUUGUGAUUUAUUGUUUUUCUUGUCACAAACUAUAGAGAUGUCAGGAAAUAGGUGAUUAAAGUUGGUUCGCAUUGGAUGUUACUUCUAUUCUAUCGUUUGUACUUUAGCUCAAUUUUCGUGUGCAAAAUAUAUCUCAUCUUCGUAUUUAUAGCUUAACAGUUUACUACUUGCGUUAAUGUAAUGAAAAGUAUUCUAGUAGAAUAAUAUAAGAUAGUUUUAGUUGAGAUAAACUGCAAUGAGAAUGAAUAAAAUUUAGAGGAAUUUGCACUUGUCUUUCAUUUAGGAGCGAGUCAAAUAAUUCUAUGUUAAGUAACUUAGACUCGAAGUUUGCAUCAUUAAGUUUGAAUGUGUUAUAAACGAUGUCAAAUGCGAGAGUUCUAUUGGGUGCUCAGAAUCUGCAUAUUAAGUUCUAGAAUUUGAAGGGUAAAGGUUUGAAAAAGGAGCAUGAUGUCACAAACAUUUCUACUAAAGUGUGGAAGAGGCAACCAACUUCUUUUAAUGUUGACAAAGCAAUCAAAGGUCAGUAAGAGCGCAGGGUAAUUAUUCUUGAUUAAUCAUGAUAAAUUUUAUUGCCAAUUAGUGAGAGCAAGGACUACAUGUAAUCUAUAUUAGGAUGGAUGAGAAAAGUCGAUAGGAUUGUGAUGAAGGGUACUUUGGUACAUUGCAUUGAUCUAUGCUUUUAUAUAUAUACUCUUUUGUAAUAAAUCUAAGGCAUUAAGGAUCAUUUCCUAUAUGGUAUCAGCCCUCCCUUCGAUCCUCUUUCACAUUCUGUCUAUCAAUCAUCUUCUUCCUUUCUUCUUCAUUACCAUGGCUGGUGAGAGAAACUCAUUGCACCCUUCUCUCUCUAUAACUAAUAUCAAGAACCAUAUUCCUAUACAGUUAGAAUUGGAAAGUGGGUUAUACUCAACAUGGUCUCAACUAUUUCAAACCCACUACAAAGCCUACCGUGUUCUUGAUCAUAUUAUUUCUAAUAUGGCUGCCUCUGAUUCGUCAUCUACACCAGUGCCAGAUAAGACGAGUGGGAAUAUGUGGACGCUCACGUCCUAAUGUGGAUUUAUGGAUCCAUCUCUCGUGACCUCCUCCUUAGCAUCAUCUCCAAGGCCGACACCGCGCAAAAAGCAUGGGACAACCUACGUGAUAUAUUUCAAGACAACAAGACUACCCCUGCUCUCUAUCUUGAAGAACAAUUCACACACAUUGAUCUUGCAAAUUUUGUGGAUAUGAAUGCAUAUUGUCUUCAUUUAAAGAACCUUGCGGAUCAACUUGAUAAUGUUGAGACUUCGAUUACGAUUCAACGAUUGGUUCUUUAACUAAUCAAGGGCUUAACUCUUUCUUAUAGUGAAAUUGAUACUGUGCUUGAACAACAAGAACUCUUGCCCUCGUUCCAUCAAGCGUGCUCUAAAAUUCUCCUUCACGAGACUAGGCGAAAUCAUCAGGCCUCAAGAAGUAAUUAGCAGACCUAAAUCCUUCAUAGCAAACUCAAUAGCAAGUAAGGAAAUAAUAUGUCUACGUAAGAAAGAAAUAUUUGAACCCGGACGAUAGAUAAACAAGGAAGUGUCACACACACUGUUCACAAAACCAAUCGUCCGAACAUAAUCAGCAAAACGCUGGUACCACGCUCUCGGAGCCUGUUUUCAGUCCAUGUAGAUAUUUCUUAAGUCGACACACAUAAUCAGGAUGCAACUGAUCACGAAACCCCAUCGGCUGAUACAUAUAAACAGUUUCAUUCAAAUGACCAUGUAAGAACGCAUUCUUGACAUCAAGUUGAUGAAUAGACCAAGAACUAGCAACAGCCAAACUCAGAACCACCGGAAUGGCUGCAGGUUUAACCACAGGGCUAAAAGUGUCAAUACAGUCAAUCCCAACCUGUUGAGAACUACCAUCAACAACUAACCGAGCCUUAUAGCGCUCAAAAGAACCGUCAACAUUAGUUUUAUGACAAAAUAUCCACAUACAUCGAAUAACAUUCACAUUAGAAGGACAAGGAACUAACUCCCACGUAUCAUUAUUAAUAAGAGUAGUAUAUUCAUCAGUCAAUUUUUAGGGCUUGAUCUAAUAUCUCUUUCUUUGAUCUAAGAACCUCAGUACCAAAAAAGUACUUAAGGUUUCCUAGAUCCUUCAUCUCGAACUCCAGGAACAACCUUCUUUUGAGCUCAUUAAUAUCCUCUUCAUUAUUUCCAGUGAUAACCAUAUUGUCAACAUAGAUUAUUAAGCAAGUAAUUUGAUCCUUUUCCUUCUUUAAGAACAGUGUUACUUUGCACACAACCAAACUUUCUCAUUGCUGUUGUGAAUCCACCAAACCAUGCUCGUGGAGAUUGCUUCAACCCAUAUAGUGCUUUCUUAAGCCUACAUCCUUCCCCUUGAAUAUAGUCAUCAGAGAACCCCAAAGGUGCUUUCAUGUAGAAUUCUUCUUCUAUUUCACCAUGAAGGAAGGAAUUUUUUUACAUCAAACUGGUACAAUGGCCAAUCUUUGUUAGCUACAACUGAAAAUAAGAUUCUAACCGUGUCGAUCUUGGCCACAGGGGAGAAAGUUUCCAUGAGUCUACCCCAUAUGUCUAUGUAUACCCUUUGACUACGAGUCUUGUUUUGUAUCUUUUGAUGGUUCCAUCUGCAUGAAAUUAAAUUGAAAACACCCAUUUGGGUAACAUACAAUUUUCCCUUUAGGUAACAUACAAUUGUCUUCUUCCCUUUGGGUAACAUACAAUUUUCCCAGGUUUUGUUCCUUUAAAGUGCUAAAAUCUCUUCUUCCAUCGCCUUCCACCAUCUAGGGUUUUGGAGUACUUCCUCAACAUUUCGGGGUAUAGCAUGAGAAUACAGUGAGGUAUUGAAAGCUACAGCUGCUUCAGGUAAGGAUCCACUAUUACCCUGAUCAAUAGGCUACCGAGACCUCAUUGCCUCAAACUCUGGAUCAUAUCUCCUUGGAGAAGCACCCCUUGUACUCCUUGGUGGAAACUUAUAUCUGCACUGUUCCUCAACAUCUGGUAUAUCAUUAGCAACAUCAAUUAAAAGUUCAGAGUGUACCUCUUGUUUAGUAUUUUACUUGAUGCUUCAGAUAGAACAGGGAUAGUCUGAGGAAGAGGAAGUACUAUGUCUUCAAUGACAGCAGCUGUGGUUCACCUACUUGCUCUUUAGGAUAAGGAUCAAUUACUAUGGGAUGCGUAAGACAGCUAAGUCAUUAAUAGUAGUCUCCCCCUGAGGACUAAGCUGGGAAUAAUAAUAUGAGUCCUUAAAGAAGUCACAGUCCAUAGUGGUAUAGAGUUUGUUAUGGACUGGAUCAUAGCACCGAUACCCUUUCUGAGUUACCCUAUACCCAAGAAAGACACAUUUUAGAGCACGAGGUUCAAGUUUGUUACGGGCUUGUUUAGGAAAAUGAACAUUCACAACAUAACCAAACACACGUGGAGGUAAGGAAUGAGAAGAGGGGAUAGUAUGAUGCGUUUGGAGGGUGGCUAAGGGAGUCUUGAAAUUGAUGGAUUUUGUGGGAAGACAGUUUAGUAAGUGGGAGUGACAAUUGCUUCGGGCCGAAAAUGGGUGGGAAUAUGAGCUUUAAACAUAAGAGCUUGGGUUAUCUCAAGGAGAGUACGGUUCUUUCGUUCAGUUACCCCAUUUUGUUGUGGAGUAUUUAAACAAGUGGUUUGAUGAAUGAGACUUGAGAUGAAAAGAAAUUUUGGAUGUCGGAGUUGAUGUGUUACCCCCCUGUCUAAUCGAAGCAUUUGUGGUUGUGUUUGAAAUUGAGUGAUGAGCAUAUUAUAGAACUUAACAAAGACAUCAAAAACCUUAGAUUUGUGUUUUAAGAAGUAAACCCAACUCAUACAAUUACAAUCAUCCACAAAAAAAACAUAGUAAGAAAAACCGUGCGUAUUAAACUCAGAAGCAGAGCCCUAAAUAUCAGAAUGUAUCAAAACAAAUGGUUUAGUACUAUGAGUCAAACUAGGAAGAUAGGUUUGUUUAUGACUUUUUGCUAGUAAACAAGCUUCGGAAUCUAGGGGUAUAUUACAAUUAUUGAGGGAUGGAAAAAGACGUUUUAUAAACCUGAUGAGUGGGGAUGGAGAUGGAGAUGGUAAUUAAAUCCAAUACCCGCCCCGCCCCGUUUGCAUGCCUAUCUAUGACCCAUUUCAUUUUCCAGUUAGGGCAGUUACCAUUUCACGAAAACCCUCUUCGCCGCGUCCUUCUCUGAUUCUCUCUCUAACCUUAACCUUUUCUUCUUCAAAUCUCUUCAUCUUCAAG